AUGACCCCUCAGGGCACGCUUGCCACGCACCAACCGCGUGCUCCAGGCACGUGCCUAGAGCUAGUUAAUUGUCCCAAGCUCGAGAUGAUUAUUGAUCUCGGGUCCAAGCGCCACGCGGAGUCCAAUGGUGAGAAUUCGAGACCGAAUGUGUUUGAGGGGUCUGCAUCUCAAACGUCUGGAGAUACUGAUAGACCCGAAGUGCAAGCACAAGAGAAGUUCAGCGCGAGCAUGGAGGCGAAGGUUGAAAUUAUGAAGGAUCAGAUUGGUCUUCCUAAUUCUAGACAGCGACUUCAACAAGAGCAAACACUCCACACAAUGCUGAACGAGCUCUCUGCUGUCACGCCUACAUCCUCAGAUCAUGCAGCGUUUCUGAAAUCGCGGUUAUCCAUCCUGUUGCGACGUUUGAACGAGCUGGCGGACACUACGGUGCUACCACAAUCGCAACGAGAGGACGCAUCAGCCACAUAUGUCUCAGUGGGGCAGAGUACAACAAUCUCUCCUUCUAUGGCAGGCACCAUUGCAAUAUCGGACCUGGACAUCCAGAUAAACAGCUAG